CACAGGUCACAAUCACACUUGGUUGCCUCCUGGUGCAGCACAGGCCAGUGGCAUGACACAGAGACCACACCACCCAGGGCAAACUAAAGAGGAUUGGGAGUGGGGCAGAGGAUGUGGAGGCCUUGGACUUCAGCCCGAAGUCUAGGGAUAAGAGCCCCUCUGCGUUUGUGUGUGCAUGCGUCUGUGAUUCUGAGACUGCACAGGGUCACUCACUCUUUCUCCUUGCCCCACUUCCUCACCAAAAAUCCUCCUCCUAUCAAAAUCACUUUGAUCGACUUUGAAGUGAUUAGUUCCUCCAAUUGUUGCUUUGGGAGCAGAUCACUGCUUCAGGGGGGCAAUUUUCAGUGGGGAAAUGGCAUAAAGGAAAACCAUUAACCUCCCCCUUUACACACACCCCACUCUCAAUCACAGUCACUUUCCCCGUGCAGCUGCCCCCCCUCCCACCAAAGAGGUGUUUCUGGUUGGAAGCAUGCCUCUAUAAUACAGAUUUACAUGCAUGGCCCUUAGUGACCUGUUUGGUAGAAUACUGGGCUGUCUGUUUUUCCUUAUAUCUCCACAGUAAAAAGGGCUGGAGACUUACUUUUUAAAAUGAAAGCUACAGAUUCAGAGAAGAGCAUGAGAUAGGCCUCAGGUGUCUAGAACAGUACUUAGCUUGGGAUAAACAAGCAUCAAGAAGGAAUCACCUUAGUCUAGAGUUCUUCCCUAUGCUUGCCUACCUCAUGAAGCAGAUUCUGGCUUUUCCUCCCUCUUGCAGUACUUGAACCCAAUGAAACCAGGGAGACAAAAGGAACUUCUUACACAGCUCAUAACGAAUGUAUGGCAUUAACUGCCUCAAGAUGUGCUGUGCUGAUGAUCAUUGCUUAAAUGGCUUUGACAUGAGGUUGGAUACAUUCAUAAAGGAGAGGACAGAACCACAGCCAGGGGGAAGGUUCUGGACACCAGGGGCCUAUCUCAUGCCCUUCUCUCAAUUUUUCGCUUUCAUUUUAAAAGGCUUCCAGCCCUUUUACUUUUAUAUAGUCUUGACAACUCGUCCAUUUAUUUCAAACAUCAGUAAUCUGGGUACAUAAGUAAGAAUAAAGCUGAUGCUAACAAGUUUUUUUUUUUUUGCUCUGUAAAUAACUGAAAACUAAUGUAGGUGUUACACCUGUUUUUGUCCGAAGAUUAAUUCCAGGAUCGUCUCAGGACUGGUAGCUCUUUAGAAUCCAGAGUGAAAUGAGGCUGGAAAGACACUAUGAAGAACCAAACUUCUGUGACUGAAUUCUUCCUGCUUGGUUUCUCUAGGAGCCUCAAGAUCCGUCUCGUACUCUCUGGAUUAUUUUCUGUGGCUUACACCAUCACUCUUGUAGGCAACACAACCAUACUGAUGCUCAUCUGGCUAGACUCCCGACUCCACACCCCCAUGUAUUACUUCCUCAGCCACCUCGCCUGUGUAGACAUUUGCUACACUUCCAGCACAGUCCCCCAGAUGCUGGCCAACCUCCAGAGUCCAAGGCAAACCAUCUCUUUGGUUAGUUGUGCCAUUCAGAUGCAUGUUUUUCUGACCUUGGCUACUACGGAAUGCAUUCUCCUUGCAAUCAUGGCAUAUGACAGGUAUGUAGCAAUAUGCCACCCACUGCACUACACAUUUCUCAUGAACAAUAGAGUAUGUAUGAAAUUAGCCAUGGCAUCCUGGACUUGUGGCCUUUUGUUGCCCGUGGCACAUUCUGCCCUCACCUGGCAGCUGCCAUUCUGUGGGCCCAAUCAAAUCGACCACUUUUUCUGUGAAAUGCCAGCACUGCUGAAACUGGCUUGUGCCAACACAGAAAUUGUUGAGAAGGUGACUUCAGUGGGAUGCUUUUUUACUUUGCUAACUCCCAUCUGCUUUAUUACGAUGACUUACAUCCACAUCCUGAAUGCCAUCUUGAAAAUCCAAUCUGCAGAAGGUCGUUGCAAAGCUUUCUCUACAUGCGCCUCCCAUAUGACUGUUGUGGUUAUUUUCUAUGGCAGCGCCAUGUUUAUGUACAUGAGACCUAAGUCUAGUCACUCACCAGCUAUGGACAAAAUAGUCGCUCUCUUCUAUAGCAUUGUCACCCCGAUGUUCAAUCCCAUAAUAUACAGUCUCAGGAACAAGGAAGUGAAAGCUGCCUUAGUAAAAAUGUUGUGACUAUGCAGACUUCAUUGACUGGGAAGUUGGUUGCAACAUGGGCUGUUUUAUGCUGCUCAUGAGACCAAAUGCCACCCUAUCAGAGAAUAGUCUGAUUGUAAUGUGACCUGCUAAUACAAUUUACCGUCACUGAAAAUUGUUAUUAUGGUUGUCAUCCAGUUAAGGAAUCGUAUGAACUCAUUAAUUGAUUAAUUGAUUGAUUGAUUGAUUGCUCUGUUAAAUCUCCACACAUUUGUAUCAAUGCUUUACUGCAUUCUGCGGAGAUGUCUAAAUGGUGGGAUCGAAUUUUAAAAUUAUCCCCCGUCUCCUUUGCUCCUAUGAAAAUAUUGCAAAUUGUAAUUUCUUGGCUAUGUCAAAUUCUAAUAUGGAGUCUAUGCACCCAAUCAGACUUCCAUCCAAGCGAUGGUAUGACAAAGAAUGUUGGGCAGCAAAAAAGGAACUGGUGAGAGCUUUUAAAAGCUUUACUAUUGACCCUGGUAGCUUUCCUAGAGUGGAGGUUGCAAAAAAUAAAGCUCAGUAUAAACAACUAAUUAAGAGGAAGAAGGAGGAAUCAAUCAAAGAGGGCUGGAAACUCUUGAUAGAGGCAGCUAAGGAGAGAAAUCAGAUCAGGUUUUGGAAAUUGGUGACCCCUGCAUUAAAUAAGUCAACACCUUGUCUUCCAGCAUGUAUUUCUGUUGAAAUCUGGGAAGCUCACUUUCGCACGCUGUAUAAAAACCAGCUAUCAAAGCCAGUGGUAGCACUGACUUUGAACAGCAACUCCAGACUCUCGAUACUCCAGCAUGGCCCCCUGUAACACAUGCAGAGGUGGAGAGGCUGAUUAAUUCAUUCCCCUCUGAGAAAGCCCCUGAAAUUGAUAGUAUUACUAUAGAGACUCUUAAAGCAAAUAUGAGCUGGUGGGUCCCGCUCCUUUCCUCUCUCUUCACGGCUAUAGAUGUAACAGUGUCAAUACCAAAUGAGUGGAAAGUAGCUAUAGUGGUUCCAAUCUAUAAAAAAGGACUUAGGAGCGAUCCAAAAAAAUAUCGCCCAAUCAACUUGCUAAGCAUAAUUAGCAAAAUAUAUGCUAAACAUCUGUACUUAAAGCUAAUAGACUGGCCUGAGGAAGGGGAUAUCCUGGCUCUAGAGCGGGUGGGCUUUAGAGAGGGAAGAUCCGCUUUGGAUCAUGCCCUGGUUCUUCAAUUCCUAUCAGCUAAAUAUUCAACGAAGCCACAUAGAGGACUGUUCGCAGCCUUUGUUGAUUUAAAAUCAGCGUUCGACCUUAUCUCCUGUGAAAGACUCUGGAAAAGACUUUGGGAUAUGGGUAUCAAGAAAAGACUGCUUUUGUUAAUUUUUACUUUAUAUUCUGGUUCCACUCUAAAGGUACGUUACAACUUCCAAGGGGCUCUGACCGCUGCAAUCCCUUCAGAUAGAGGGGUCCGUCAAGGAUGUAUACUGGCCCCUAUGCUAUUUAACCUUUAUAUUAAUUCUAUAGUUUCUUUUAUUUCCUCUCCUUCCACGCAUCCUCCCAAGAUCGCAAAUAGGCAUGUCUCCAUUUUACUAUAGGCGGAUGAUAUGGUGAUUCUUUCGCUAACACCAAUUGGCCUAAAGCAUGCUCUCCUUUUGUUAGAUAAAUACUGUUCAGGAAAACUUGGAGAUCAAUUACCAAAAGACAAAAGUUAUGGUUUUUGCAAACUGGCCCAGAGGGCCAGAGGGUCAUUAAGCUCACAUAGGAUAGAGCAGGUUAAGUCCUUCAGGUAUUUAGGGGUAUUAUUUCAUUCUUCCUGUUCACUCAAACCACAGCUUGACUCGGCAGUUUUAAAGACUAAACCAGUAGUUAAAUCAAUACUCUCUUAUUAUUAUGCUAAGGUUGCAUCCUAUGUUCCGGCUGUGGUCAAACUAUUCUUGGCAAAGGUUUUGCCUCAACUUUUUUAUGGAGCUCAGUUGGACAUAGUUAAAAACCUUGAUCCAUUGGAGGCACUGCAGUCUAAAUUUUUAAGAGCUGUCUGUUCUGAACUGGCUGUUCGUAGAUGUGCCUACACGGUGGCUCUGAGAAGAGAGGUCAUAAUGUUUAGGCUCCAGACAUGCCUAUGGAGAGUUAUUAUCCUUUACUGGUUAAAAAUUUAUUUUUUGCAGGAGGGUUUGGUUGCUUUCAUAAAACAGGACUCUUUUCAAUUCAGAUGGCAUACUGAGGCCAUUGAUAAGCUGGCCCGCUGUGGAUACUCAUUAGAGGUUAUACAGGAGCUCGAUUACAACAGAGCUCAUACCCAAAUUAUUCAAUGCCUAAUGGAUACUGAGCUGCAGUAUGAAAUCUCCCAGAUACCCAAAAGACUGUUCUUGGGAGAUCAACUGAGUGGAUUUAAUUUGGCCUUCUAUCUUUGGGUAGUUAUGAUUCCUGAAUAUAGACGAGCCAUGACGCUGGCCAGGUUGGAUGUCCGUCCGUCUGCAGUCCUGUUUGGCAGAUAUGCAGGAAUUCCUUUGGCAAAUCGUGUUUGUCCUUGUGACAUGGGCUGUGUUGAAACAAUAGCACAUGCCUUUUUACAUUGUAGUUUUUAUGAUGAAGCCAGAGGAAAGUUACUUUCUCCUCUCUUGAUAAAUCUUAAUGGAAGAGAAGAUGAUGUCAUAUUGAGAUUUUUAUUUUCUUUAUGCAAUGAAGUUAAAAUUAGAACUGUGGCAAAAUAUUGUUAUAUUCUCUGUAAAACACGUUCUAAUGUUUAGUUCAUGUUAGAGAUGUUUGUAUUUGUAAAACUGCUGGCCAAAUGACCGAAUAAAUAUUAUGUAUUAUG